AUGGCGAUGGCGGAUUUGAAAGCCAUUGCGGAUUGUAUGAUAUCGUCUGGUUAUGGAAGAGAGUGCGUCAAGAUUUACAAGACAAUUCGGAAAUCGAUUGUCGAUGAGUCGCUGUAUCAUCUCGGUGUUGAGAGGCAGAUUAGUCUUUCACACUUGCAAAAGAUGGAUUGGGAAAUGGUGGAGUUGAAAAUCAAAACCUGGUUGAACGCAGUGAAGGUCGCCGUGAAAACACUCUUUUACGGCGAGAGAAUUCUCUGUGACCACGUAUUCUCAGCCUCGGAUUCUAUCAGAGAGUCUUGCUUCUCUGAGAUUUCCAAAGAGGGCGCACUAAUCCUGUUUGGAUUCCCGGAAACCGUGGCAAAGUGCAAGAAAACCCCGGAGAAAAUGUUUCGCACACUGGACCUAUACGAAGCAAUAUCAGACCUCUUGCCUGAAAUCCAAUCCAUCUUCUCGUACGAGUCAACCUCCACCGUCCGAUCACAGGCCAUUAAUUCCUUGAUCAAACUCGGCGAUGCGGUGCGUACAAUGUUAACGGAUUUCGAAACCGCCAUUCAAAAAGACCCGUCAAAAGCUACAGUCCCAGGCGGUGGGGUCCACCCAUUGACACGUUACGUGAUGAACUAUAUCUCUCUCCUCGCCGAUUACAGUGACGCACUCGCCGAUAUAGUCGCCGACUGGCCUUUAAAUCUACAAACUCCAUUACCUGAAUCAUAUUUCGGUAGCCCAAGCGAGCUUGAUGAUAGCCCAGUUUCCGUACGAUUUGCGUGGCUAGUCUUGGUUUUACUCUGCAAACUCGACGGCAAAGCCGAGCUAUACAAGGACGUGGCGCUCUCGUACUUGUUCUUAGCCAAUAAUCUCCAAUACGUCGUCGCCAAGGUCCGCAGUUCGAAUUUGAAGCUUUUUCUCGGUGAUGAUUGGGUGAAUAAGCAUGAGUUGAAGGUGAAACAGUACGCUUCGAAUUACGAGAGAAUGGGAUGGAGCAAAGUGAUAUCUUCGUUGCCGGAAGAUCCAACGGCUGAGAUUUCGCCGGACCAAGCGAGGGACUGUUAUAAGAAAUUCGGGGCGGCGUUUGAAGAGGCUUAUAAGAAACAGAGUUCGUGGGUCGUGCCCGACCCGAAACUGAGAGACGAGAUUAAAGUUUCGGUGGCGAGAAAGCUUGGUGCGGCAUACGGGAAUUUCUAUGAGAAGAAUCGGGGCGGGCCGGGGUCAUUUGUCAAAUUUGCCCCUGAUGAUUUGGGGAAUUACUUGUCGGAUUUGUUCUAUGGGAAUGGGAGUACAGGGAGUGUUUCGUCACAUUCGAGUGGCAUACGUGGACAUUGA